ACGGUUCCGUGGUUCCGUCACCCGUGUUAAAUUUCAAAUAGAUAUUGUGUCUGCCUUAUUGGUAGCUGAGUUAGGUCUAUUUUACAAAGUAACACUGAGCCUAAGCUACAAAUUAUAAAUAUUUUGAUAAGUGAAACUGCGUGAGCCGUGGAAUGCGAAAAAGUGAACCUAAAUUCAAAUUCUUCUUAUCCGGGUUUUCAUUGGCUGUGCAAAAUAUUUUGGGAUUUCAUUUUUUGUGAACUUAUGAAAUAGGCAUUCGGUAUUCGGCAAUCAGUUCGUGACCAACAAAACCGGCACAAGGAGCCGGUUUUGUAUACCUACUCUUGAUUCUAAAUCAUUAAUUAAUAAACACAAUAUGUCGUUACAGUGGACUUUCAUAGCCGGAUUUCUCUACUUUGAAAUAUUUCUCAUAGUACUGAUGUUAGUACCUUUAUUCAGUGCCAAAAAAUGGUACAAUUUCUUCCGUUCUCGAUUUUUUCAAAUAUUCCACGAGAAAACCGCUAUUUAUUUCUACGGUUGGGCAGGUGUUUUGUGCUUGUUUUUAUUUGAUUCUAUAAGAGAAAUGAUGAAAUAUUCGCAUUCGAGUGUGGCAGGCCAUGUACAUUUGGCUAGCGAUCUGAAGGGAAGUGUCAAGCUGUUUAGAGCUCAGCGUAAUUUCUACAUUACUAGUUUCUCAAUUUUCUUGGCGUUCGUAAUUAGAAGAUUGGUAGUAAUGAUAAUUUAUCAAUAUGAACUGGAGCUCAAAACUACUAAGCUUAUGAUUGCAGUUGAAGACAAGGUGAAAAAAUAUAAAACAACAGUAAACUCAUUGAACACUGAACAAGAGAACACUUUGGAGGUGUGUAAAACAACUAAAAACAAAUUAGAAUUGGUUGAGAGCUCAUUGGAGGAGCAGAAAUCACGGGUAAAAGAAUUAGAAGAAGAAGCGACAAUGUGGAGACUUAAAUAUGAAGAGCUUAAAAAUACCAUUGAUGGUCAUGGAGAUAACUAAAGAGUAUCUCCAUACAGCUGAUGAUUAUGAAAGAUUGGUAUUGGUAUAUUUGACACUGGGAUUUAAAGUGCUGUUUAUUCACUACCCCAAGAAGAAGUGAAAGAAUAAGAACACCUUUCAUUCAUUUAACAGGCAGGCAGGCAAUUUUGGUGCAGCGGGUCAUGAAAUCAGAGUUGUAUGCAGACAAAGUUGUUGGGAACUGCUAAUAAAAUUAUAUCAUGGUGAAUAAAGUGCUCCAAGCUGUAUUUGCAAGUUACUAGUUUUAAUUUACAAACAUUGCUUUAAACUCACAGAAUCUGAAUGUGCAAUGUAGGUUGCAGUAAUAAGUGAGAAAAAAGCAUUGUUUGUAAGUAUGUGUUUUUAAGUCUAUGUAUCUGUAUAGUACCUACCUACCAAGUUGCUUCAAGAUUUCUAGUAUUGUUAAAAUGUUAUUGUUAGAAAAAAUAAAAAAAACUAUAUUAUAUUGCUGUGCUGUCUUGCUUGUUUUUAUAAAUAUGUUGCGUUAAAGGAAAAUACUAUGUUACUACCAAUAUUAUAAUUAGUGAAACUAAGUAAUUAACAGAAUUCUAAAUAAUUAUUGUGUUUUAGGAAAUGUAAUUAAAUUACGCUUUAUUCUUUUUAGUAUGUGAAUUAACAGUAAUCAUUUUAUCUCGGGUAUGGGACCUUUAUAGCUUUAUAUAUUAUAACCAGACUAAAAGUUUUGUUUUUGAAGAAUUGGGAGUAACCAGACUGAUAAUAUAUUUGUAUGUGUGGUAUUUUAUUUUAUUAAAAUGAUUGAAUAUA